GAGUGCCAGCUCGCCUUCGCGCAUGGCGACGUCCGCAUCAAUAGUGCGCGGGCGCGCGUUCAUCCUCGGUAUUGGCACGUUGCGUGUGUGAGCACCCCCCUGGGGACCGCGGACAGACUCGAGAGGCUGCGGGACAUCACGGUGGAGCAGCAGCAGGUCGUCGCCCCGUUCCUGAACAUGCCUACCCCCGCCGCCCCCGCCGCUGUUCCGCCCGCUCCCGCAGACAGGGGAUCGGCAUUGGUUCCUGAGGCGGCGGCAGCGGCUGCGGACACCGCGGAUGAUGCCGAGGAACACGCGAACCUGGCAGGCCUGCAGCAGCUGCGGAACCUCGAGUGGUGGAGCGGGUCCUCAGCGGAGGCCUUGGGUUGCCUGUACAACUCCACCGAGGCCCUCCUCCUGAACCAGGCGGCCACCCUGCAAGACGUGCCCAGCUCCCUGAAGCUAGCCGUCGGGGAAACGCGUGAGGCGUCUGCCCAGGCCGUGCUCGACGCCACCACCGAGAAGGGGAAGCUGGGUGCCUGGAGAUGCGUCCUCGCCUUCGAUCGGAUGAUCUUCGGGGAGCUGUUUGAGGAGGGCGAGGUGCAGUCGCGCAGCGUGGCUGAGACCCGCACGCAGUACGACCUGGGGGGAGUGCCUGACCCUGUGGCUGACGCACGGCUCCGAGAGGACGUCCAGGCCUACCUGACGAACAAGUGGACCAAGACACCCCGUGGCGCAGGCGCGGGGGUGCAAGGUGACCGCUUCGAGCACUGGCAGCCGCUCGCGCACCUCGAAACACGAGGUUCGGCCACCGCGGCAUCGCUCUCGCUGCUCCUGGGCGGCGCCGUCCCGGCGGGGGCCCUAGACGUGGCUCUGGCAGGCAAGCUGCUGGGGACGGCCAAAAAGGACGGCGGGACAAGAGUGUUGGCAUGCGGGGCCAUCGCGCGGCGCAUGGUGGCCAGGGCCGUGUGCACUGUCCGCUCAGACAGCAUCCAGAGGGCUGUCUCCGAGCUCCAGUACGGGGUUGGGGUCCUGUGCGGGCUCGAGACGCUGCACAAGGCGGUGCUGCGCGGGGUGCGGGAGCGCUGCCUGGAGCUGGAGGGCCUGGUGGUGCAGUGGUACGGUCGUGCGACAGUGCACUCAGCUGCGGGGGCCAGCGGGGUGUACCACCUGGUGGAACAGCAGGAGGUCCUCGACCAAGGGUGCCCCCUCAGACCGGCGCUCUUUAGCAUCGGCUUCGGUUUCGCUCCGGAGCUCUGCGCCCUGCGGGACUUCCUGCGCACCCUGGGCCCUCGCUGCAAGGUGUGGGCCUACCUGGACGACGCCCACCUGACAGUACCGAAGGCCCACCUGCACCAGGCACUGAAAGCCGCAAGCGCUCUCUUCGCCGACUUAGGCCUCGAGUUGAACACCAGCAAGACGAAGAUCUGGUGCCCAGACGGCCAGGUCGCUGCGCUGCCUGACGGGACAGGGGCGUGGGUCGUGGACGCACU